GCAAGCACUAAAGCUUAAAGUUACCGAUGUAAUGUUCCUCCUCUUCAAUUAACCAAACCUAUAUUAAGUAUUACAUCGAUACAUUCACAACCCGGAUUCUUGAUAGGAAAAAAAAAGGAUCCUUUUCAUCACGACAGAAACGAUUCUCUAUUCUACGUGCCUACGCUCCUUUUUUGUUUAAGAAAGAGAUCGAGGAAAGGGAGAAAGUUGGCGCUUCGUGAGGAAGAUUAGAUCAAGCACAAGCUAGACAAAGAUGGCUUCACGCAAGAAGGUUUUAUUGAAGGUUAUUAUCCUCGGCGAUAGCGGUGUAGGAAAGACGAGUUUGAUGAACCAAUAUGUCAACAAGAAAUUCAGUGCAAGCUACAAGGCGACUAUCGGGGCGGAUUUCUUGACAAAGGAGGUCCUAGUCGAUGAUCGAUUAGUUACUAUGCAGCUUUGGGAUACAGCAGGUCAGGAACGUUUCCAAUCGUUAGGGGUCGCAUUCUACAGAGGAGCGGAUUGCUGUGUCCUUGUCUACGACGUGAACAAUUCAAAGAGUUUCGAUACAUUGGAUAGUUGGAGGGAUGAAUUCCUGAUCCAGGCCUCGCCCAGAGAUCCAGAAAGCUUCCCGUUUGUCGUUCUAGGCAACAAAAUUGAUGUCGAAGAGAACAAGAGAGUGAUUUCCUCAAAACGGGCUAUGACUUUCUGUACUUCAAAGGGCAACAUUCCAUAUUUCGAAACAAGUGCCAAGGAGGCCAUCAAUGUCGAGCAAGCCUUUGAAGUUAUUGCAAGAAACGCCCUAGCACAGGAGGAAUCGGAAGAAUACAAUGGAGAUUACUCAGAUCCAAUCAACAUCCAUAUCGAGAACGAUAGAGAUGGUUGUGCCUGCUAAAUGGCACCUGGUGGGGGUCGGAAACCAUUGGUCUCAUUUUCUCUCUUUCUGCCCUGCCCUUUCGACCACUGAGGGAAUUAUACUGGAAGUUUUGAUGAGAAGGUCGUCAAUUGUACAUAGGGAUCAUUCUGGCGCUAUUGGGUCUGCGAUUUUCUUAUUUCCUUGAUGAUACAGAACGCAUAAUGAGAAAGACGGGUUUAUAGUUCUGUAAUGAAAGCAUCUUUGAAUGAACCAUAUUAUUGCAUUAGAACGAGUAGUUGUCUGUG